AUAUAAAGUCGAUGUUCGCGAGAAAGACAUAGAAAGAGAGAGAAAAAAAAGAGAAAAACAGAGCAAGAUACAGAAUUUGAAAACAAAGUCUAAAACUUUAAGAAAAAAUAGAGAAUUGGGUGUUACUGUUUGAGGAAUAUGGAAGAAGUUGUGUUGCUAGUGGAUGAUUUGAAGUUACUUUCUGGAACUUCUCACUGUAGAAUAUGUCAUGAAGAAGAAUUUGAAAGCUCCAAAACCUUGGAAUCACCUUGUUCUUGUUCUGGAACAGUUAAGUUUGCUCAUAGAGAUUGCAUACAAAGAUGGUGCAACGAGAAAGGAAAUACAACUUGUGAAAUAUGUCUCCAGCAAUAUGAACCUGGAUACACAAGUCCUCCAAAGAAGUCUGAGAUUAAUGAUGAAGCAAUGUCUAUUAGGGAGGAGGAAGAAGCUUCAAACGAAAGAAGAGAAAGUGAGGUGGAAGGAAUUGUAAUAGAAAGCGAUAACUCUGAAUGCAGCUCUACCGCAGAUAGAAGCGCGUCUUAUUGUCGAUCACUGGCAUUAGCUGUAAGCACUUUUACACUUGGGUUACUAGUAAGACAUUUUUUUGUAGUGCUUACAUGUGGAACAGAAGAGUACCCAUUUACACUGUUUACUGUCAUUAUAUUAAAGGCUUGUGGAAUUAUUAUACCCAUGUACAUAGUUUAUAGGACAAUCGGAGCCAUCCAGAAUAGCAUUAAACGCUAUCAAGAUUCUUACUACGUCACAUCCCUUUCUGAUGAUGGAAAUGAAGCACAGCACGAAGAAAAUUUAAUACACUAAUAGGUUUUUUACUUCAGUGUGUAUGAUACUCAUGAUGAUGCUUGUUCAAUUCCAAAAUUUUCCUUCAAAAAUAUACACAAUGAAAUCCUGAUAAAAGUACAUUUUCAAAACUUCCCCAACCGUAUGUAGUAUUCAAUCUCUCUA